AACAAAAAGUAUCGAAUCUCAUUUGACUCAAUUGGAAAACUUGUAAUCAACUAACAAUUUAAGUUGACACUAAAGUGACAGGUAUCCAAGUGAAUAAUUAGUAACGUGUCCAAAGGAAGUGAUUAACUAAUCAACAAGUGAAAAUGUUGGGAGAUCUUUUCAAGUUAACCUUUCCUGAGAUAAUUGAAUUACUUUCGAUGCUUCGAUUGGACGUUUUCUUUGCUUUGUACCUUUUUGGAUUAGCGAUUCCUCAUGUGACCGCCGCUCAGUUCAUUCAGGAUAAAUUUUGUAUCAAUGAGCUGAAAACAGAUUUGGAUAUGACAAUCUCGAAGUGCCUUCAUUUGGAGCAACUUGGUCCAGAAUAUGAAGAGGUCAAGAAUCAAGUAUAUGCAUUUUCAACCAUCUUUAAAAAUUAUCAACACUUAAUAGCGACCCCACCGGGAAUCAUUUUGUCCAUUUUCAUGGGAUAUUGGAUUGAUUCAUAUCCCAGGCAUUUGAAAUAUCUGUUGGCCCUUCCCUGUUUCGGAGGCGCUUUAUCAGUCCUUUUUGCCAUUUACAACACCAUUUAUUUUGAGAUAAAUGUUUACAAUCUCCUUUGGAUAUCGGUUGUUCAUGGACUUUCUGGUGGAUUUUUCAUCGUCAUGACGGGUUCAUAUACAUACAUCACUCGUCGAACCAAAGCCAAAUAUCGAGCUGCUCGAUUCGCAAUAUUAGAACUGUUCAUUUUUGCCUCGAUUCCAAUAGCAACCGCUAUCGGUGGACGAGUCCUCACCUCAGAACCUUGGAUAAAAGGUCAGCACCGUAACUACUUAGCUGUUUUCCUCAUCAGUUUUACGUGUAAAUUGAUUGCAAUGGUUUGGGUGUUGUUGUUUCUCAAUGACGCUCAUGAACAAGUCGAAGAAGAUUCUGAUCAAAAGACAACAUCGGACAUUUCAGUCAAAGAUUUUCCAGUGAAACUUGGUGAUGAUAAAAUGGUGGAAAUAGAAUUGGAAUCUCCGAAAAAAGAUCUUGAAACAUCAAAAGUUUCCUUGGAUAUUAAUGGCAAUGCCAUUUCGAACGAUACAAAUAAACAAGAUCGCCCUCGACCAACUGGUUGUAUUCCAAUUAUAAUGGAUAUUUUCAACCCCUCCACAGUCGUAAACAUGGUUCGAGUUUGUUGUCGACCUCGAGUCAAUAAUGGACGGAAAAUAGUUUGGCAUUUGAUGCUUGCAAUGAACAUCAUGUUAAUCGGUCACAUGGGAGAGGGAACCAUUGGCUUCCCAUUUGCACAGAAAGUUUAUCAUUGGGAUGCUGCUUAUUAUUCAUAUAUAACGUCCGUUAUGAUGGUCAUUCCAACAUUGAGCCAUUCGUUUCUACCAAUAAUCUUGAUUCACAAGUUUCACCUUUCGGACACAACUUUAGCUAUCAUUGGAUCUGUUUCUUUGAUCUCUUCCUUAACGGUCAAAGGUGGACUCUUAGCUCCAAGUGCUUUUUAUAUUUCAACCAUCGUUGGCCUUUGUGCUGGGCUAUUACCCAUCGCUAUCAGGUCAAUCUUAUCGAGGAUAAUAGACAAACACGAGGUGGGACAGGUUUUCGCCCUUUUAGCUUGUAUUGAAUCAUCUGGUCCAAUGGUCGCCUCGGUGGUUUAUUCAACUCUCUUUAAAAUGACCAUUCAAGAUUUUCCUGGAAUCGUGCAUCAUUUUGCAGCACUGACCAUGUUCUAUCCUUUCGGUGUUGUUCUUUGGCUCGAUUUGACCAGACAUAAAUGGGACACUUCGGCAAUUAAACAACUGGAAGAAAAGAAAAAGAAAAAUUUAAUUGCAAAUAAAUCAAAUGCAAAUGUUAAUAACAAUCCAAAUGGAAAUGAUGUUUACAAAAUUUCAACUAAAAUAGACCAGGAAACAGAUAAAAGACAAGAGAUGAAAGAUGACAGAUCUUUAAUUUCGAACAGAAAAAUGGAUUCAUCACCUACUGAGGUUCCGGUUCUUGUUUCUCCUGCUCCAACCGCUAUUAUACCAACUCACAACUCUAUGGACUCACAAGGUUCUGGCUUGGUGGUGGGCCGAUUGUCUGGUGGAGGUAAUAUUGCCCUUGGUUCUUCGGUUGGAGAAACUGUUGAAAUUGACAUUAAUGAUGCCUUUUCUGUUGGACAAGAAGAAGAGGAUGAUACUGUUUCAGAUUUGAAGGAAUCGGGCAACAAAAAAUACCAACAACAAGCGCAACAUCAAAAGCAACAGCAUCAAGAAAAUGGUGACUCAUUUUUAGAGAUUAAAGUUUCUGAUCCACAGAAAAUUGGUGAAGGAAUGGGAUCAUAUGUUUGCUAUAAAGUUUCUACUCGAACCAAUUUAACCAAUUUCCGUACUACAAAAUUCUCAGUUAAUCGUCGGUUUUCAGAUUUUCUUGGUCUUCGUGAGAAAUUAACUGAGAAACAUAUACAUUCAGGUAUAAUUGUUCCUCCUCCCCCAGAAAAGGAUGCUGUCAAUAAUGCCAAAAUUAUCAUGUCCAAAGAUGAAACCUCAGGUUCAUCUGAUUUUCUGGAAAGACGAGCCGCCUCUCUAACCCGAUUUGUCAACAGAAUCGCAUCACAUCCAGUACUUAAAUCCGAUCAUGACUUCCGUGAAUUCCUUGAACUUGAAAGUGACCUACCCAAAGCCAAAAGCACUUCUGCUUUAAGUGGAGCCGGUGUAAGGCGACUUUUCAACCGAAUGGGUGAUACUGUCAGUAAAAUUACAUUCCGAAUGGAUGAAACUGAUCCAUGGUUCGAAGAGAAACAACACCAAAUUGAAAUUCUGGAUCAACAAUUGAGGAAACUUCAUGCAAGCGUUGAAGGAUUGAUACAUUUCCGUAAAGAAUUGACCCAAUCAACCGGGGCUUUCGCUAAAUCAGCCGCCAUGUUGGGUAAUUGUGAAGAACACACCGCUCUUUCCUGUGCUCUCUCUCAAUUAGCUGAAACUCAUGAGAAAAUUGAACAGCUUCAUGGUGACCAAAUGAACGCUGACUUUUACCAUCUAUCAGAACCAAUUCAUGAUUACAUUUCUCUGAUAAUUGUAAUCAAAGAAUUGUUUCAUCAACGAGUUAAAGUCUACCAAACAUGGCAACAUGCUCAGCAAAUGCUUAAUAAAAAACGACAGCAAAAGACUCAACAUGAGCUAGCUGGUAAACCAAGUAGUCAAGAUCAAGAAGAAAUAGUCGAGUGGGAGGCUAAAGUUGAACGAGGACAAGAAGAGUUUGACCAAAUCUCAAGUAACAUUAAAACCGAAGUGGAAAAAUUUGAAUCUGAUCGAGUGAAGGAUUUCAAAGCGACAUUCAUCAAAUACAUGGAAAGUUUAUUGGAAGAUCAACAAUUAAUAAUUAAAUACUGGGAGGCUUUCCUGCCAGAGGCUAAAGCAAUUGCGUAAACAAUUAGUGGAAACCUUUAAAUUAUCCCGAUUGAAUAAGAUAUCAAAACAAAUUGAAACUAAUUGAAACUCCCAAGGAAAAACCAAAAGAUUAUCUUCAAGUCAACACACACAAACAAAAUUUAAUCAUAAACUUAUGUUAUAAUAAGUUAAUUAUAUAAUUUAAUUUAAAACUGGACAUCAUUCUGACCACCAAAAUUAUUAAGUUAAUUGGUAAACAAAAAAAAUAAUGAAAACUUGGUGUUUGUUUGAUUGAAUGAAACAUCUAGUUUCUUAAUUUCUGGUGCACUUACAAAUUGAAAAUACCAAAACAAUUACAAUUAACUGAAAGGAAACACUAACAAUUUGCUCGAGCUGAUGAUUAACUUAAUCACAUAAUCAGUUUAUAUUGAUUUAUAAUUUAUAAUAAAUGUUAUUAAAAAGAAAGCAAAAUGUAUUUAUACAGUAUUGAUGAAACACCAAAUCAACUAAUUAAGUUUUACAAUAAAGUUAAUUAUCGAUAUUUUAA